GUGAAGUGUUUUUUUGUUUGUUUUUUUUUUUCUAAAUUCGAAGUACUUUUUUUAUAUUUUUUUUACGUAUACUUUUUUCCUUUUUGAAUGAUUUUUUAUGUGCAUAUUUGCUUCAUGUUAAUCUAUAUGAUCGUUGAUGAGUUAUUUGUGGUUAUAAAAUAAAUAAAUAAUUAGAAUUUUUAUGUAUAGUUUGGUUUUUUCUAUAUUAUUUAUCUUCGAUUUUCUCUUUUGCUGUUAUAAAAAUGCAUCCACCAUUUGCGAAGACCUUGCGAAGAUUCUCAAAUGAACAAAUUCUUUGGUCUUCUCAGGGUUAUAUGUAGGAGUAAUCAUAUAAUUCAAAAGCUCAUGUUAUUUGAACAUAUUUUGAAACCCCUUGAGGAUUCAAAAUACAUGAGUUUAACUGUACUCUAUUAACUUUAUGGAGAUAACCAGUUUUUCUAAUGGAUUGUUUUUAGACUGUUUGUGCAAGAAAUUAUGCUAUUUGAUAAGUUAUUUUUUUAUUAAUACUUAAGAAUGUCUUCUGACAGGCUUGAAUAAUUUUAUCAUUAAUCUUCGAUAACAAAAAAGUAUUUUUCCAUUAAAUAGUCUGUAUCUUCAUUGUAAAGACUAUUUAUUACAAUUCGAUACUUGGUUGCAGUAGUUUCACUUCAAACUACAGGAGUGUUCAAAGAAUCAUUUUAUUUUUGAGUUAACAGAACUACAUUAUGCAAUAUAAUAAUGUAAAAAAAUUCAAAAUAUAAUUAAAAAGUUAAACCAGAUUUGGAAUUUUACACAAUGUAUUGGAACUAUUGAUGAAAAGCAUUUACGCAUUUAGGCUCCUGUAAAAUCUUGUUCUUCUUUUUACAAUUAAAAAGGAUUUUACAUUUGUGAUGCUAAAUUUUGUUUUACAAUGGUUGUCGUUUAUGGAAGAGAUAAUGAUGCUAAAAAAUUCCAUCUGUCCUUUUUGGAUCUUAAACCAUGGUUAAUGAAACCAUACCUAGUUAAAAAAUUUACUGAUUAUCAAAGACAUUUUAUUUAUUUACUAUCUAGAGAUCAAACAACAAUUGAAAAUGGACAAAGUUACAAGGUCAAGGGUGUUUGCCUAACUUCUUGAAAUCAAAAACUAAAAUAUCAGUAUUUGCAUUUGCAAAAAGAAUUACUUUAAAAUAAUAUUUUAAUUCACAUGAAAAAAAGCCUUUCAUGGGGUAUGUUUUAAUCCUGUUAAAAGUUAAAGUUUAUUGUAGCAAUUGGACUAUGUUCAAUAGACCUUUUCAUAAAUAAACGUCUGCGUUUCAAAUCGAGGCUUAGGUUGUACCGUUAGUAAACAAACAAAAUAUCUCAUUACUUAAGCUUAUCUUAUGUUUCUUUUAAUCUUGAGCUUCAUUUGUUAUUUUAAAACAACAAAAAGAUAAUGUUAUUAUCAUCAAACACAAAUGAAAUUUCUUCACAGGAAAUAGAUCCAGCAUUAAUUGUUUUGAAAGAAGAUGAUAUAGACGAUCCAACUGUCAAAGUCGAUUUAGAAAAAUUACAAAAGUAUACAAAUAAUCAUUUAAAAAGGUGGCUUCUUUACCGUGGUGAUUCUCUUAAAGGUGUAGUAACGUUGCGAGACUCUCAAGUUAAAGUUUUACAAUAUUUUCAUAAUGGAACGGAUUCAAUUAUUUGUGAUCCAACUCUUGAUAAAAAAUGGUUAUCAAAAAAGGCAUGUUUGAUGGGUAAACAUCUAAAAAUACAAAAUAUAAAAACAUUUCCUAUAUUGCCUGAAAAUUUAAAAUCUGAGCUUUUAAAUUUGAAUUCCAAAAAUGGAUGGAGCAAGUGUCUAGAGGGACUUCCUGCGUUUUCAGCUGAGAAAAUUGAUGCAUAUGCUUUAAAUGUAAAUAGUAAUUUUUUUCCUAAAUCUACAAAGUUAAAAAACAUUUGUCUAGAGGAGAAAUGUUUCUUGCAGAACAAUACAUUGAUCUAUCUUCUAUUUACUCAAAACAAAGUAUUGAACUAUUUUGUGUAAAAGGAGUAUGUGCAGCUAGCAUGAAAAAAAUUGCUAUUAAAAAAUUAGAUGGAUCAGUUACAUAUGCAUUUUGUGAAUGCCCAGGAGGAAAAACUGGAACUUGUUCACAUGCAUUUGCAAUGAUGAAACUUGUUGCAAAAUGGGUAGUUGAAAAACUGAAAACUGUUCCAAAUAUUCAAGCAUGUACAUCAAGAACUUGUGCUUGGUCAAUACCACAAAGUUGUAAAAGAUUUGAUAAAACACCAAUAAGUGACUUAAAAAUUAUAUCACCACAAAUAAAAUAAAAACCUUUGUCGAAAAGAAAAGUAUCUUCAUUUGCCACAAUCAAAUCAUCAUUGUACGAUACUAGAACUGAUUUAAACAGAAAAAGUGAUAAUGAAAAUAAAAUAAAUGAGCUUUAUAAUAAUCUUUUAAACAGUGAUGUUAAAGUGCAUAUGUUGAAUGUUUUAAAUAAAUCAAAUGAGGGAACAGUCAAAACAAGCCUAGGAAGCGUCUUAAUUGGGUCUGCAUUAAGCUAUCAAUGUGCUUUAGUUCCACCAAGUUACAAUGUUUACUACAACUUACCUGAACCUUCAAAAAAUUUAGACAGCGUUCAAUACAUUGAGUACCCUACAUUCCCUUUUAAUAAAACUGAUGAUUCAAUAACUUGUUACAUUGAAAAAAUCGUUUGUAAUAAAAAAAUGAAUAUUUUAGAAAAUAUGAAGUUAGUGAAGGAAAUAGUUGUUCAAAUCGAAAAAGAAACAUGGUAACAGGAUGGAAAUUCAAAAUGGUUUGAUUACAGAAGGAAUCGAUUCACUGCAUCUUUAUGUAAUAAGUUAGAGAACAAAUCUCAAAAAGGAUUCAAAAGUUUGGCUCACAAACUUGUUUAUCAUGAAAACAAAAUAAAUCUAAACAAUAUUAUUUCAUAUAAACUUUCUUAUGGUAAAUAUUAUGAACCUAUAGCGUUAAAAUAUUAUGAAAACUUUAUGAAAUCCAAUGGCUAUAAACUAGAUGUAGAACCAUGUGGUUUAGUAAUUGAUGAAAAAAAUUUUAUUUUGGGUGCAUCACCUGAUAGGAAAGUUAGGUGUGAUAAUGAUUGUGGAAUAAUAGAAAUUAAGUGCAGUGAAGAAUAUAGUAGCCUGGACCCAAAAGAUAUAUGUUUUGUAGCAAAAAAUCCAUCUAUAAUAUUUGAUAAAUCUAGUAACAUAAUUUUAAUAUACAAAAACCAUAGUUAUUAUGAUCAAAUCCAAAUGCAACUUGGAUUAACAACACAAACGUGGUGUGAUUUUUUAUUUUACACUUCAAAAGGAUUAGUUAUUGAUCGUAUUACGUCUGACAAAGUAUAUUGGGAAACUCUAAGGAAGAGAGUAUUAGACUUUUACUUCAACUAUAUGUUGGAUGAAAUAAUUGAAAAAAUAAAUAACAAUGCUUUAAUUUAAAGACAAAUAUUUUAUUGAAAUUUGCAGAUUCUAUUGUACAGUAUAUACAUUUAUAAAUUUACACAAACACUUACAAUAGAGUGUUUUGGUGAGCAAAAAGUGAGCUAACGU